CUUUUUGGUAGGCAAACAUAUUCACUCUGACUAGCAAGAUGCUGGCCUGUUCAAUAACCUUGCUGAUGACGCCUCUGAGAGGUGGAGAAGGCUUGUUGAUUCCUCUACGUGAGGCUAUCGGAGAACUAGCUAAGGCAGCCGGGUGGGCGGUGAGCUGGCACCUCAGGCACCAAGGCCCCAGGGCCGCCGUCACUUGCAAAUGUGUACCUAGUAAAGCGAUUUCUGUAGUUUGUUCUUCCUACUUCGAAUGUUAUCUUCGCAGCUCCAACAGCAUACAGCAUAAAAGCUCUAAUUUUAUCAAAAAUCUACUACAAACCUCGAAUCGUCAACUCAUGCUCGUUAAUCGAAGUGACUAUGAUCAAUUUUGAGGUCCUAUGACUAAAGGUUAUAUGGACUCAGAAGUUAG